AUGACAAAUGAAACACAGAUGCUUCCACUGGACAAUAAGACCCAGCAAGACGAGUCCACAUUUAAAAACACGACUAUCAUAGAGUUUCCACUUAACACAGGACACAAGAGGAACAUAUGUAAAACUCAAUGGUCAUGUUGUGGAGAUAAAUGUUACCAUUUUUCACGUGAUUUCAACACUUUUCAAGACAGUAAGAAUAUCUGCAAGAAUAUGGGCGCCACACUUGUUAAGAUAGAAGAUGAAGAAGAACUGAACUUCAUUCGAAGUCAGAUGCACUUCUACACUUGGAUUGGGCUCUCCCGUAAAGGAACCAGCAUGUCAUGGAAAUGGGAAGAUAACUCAUAUCCGUUUCUCCAAGUGAUAAGUGACUGGAAAGAGACGAAAGGUGGAAACUGUGCAAGUAUGACAAAAAUGAGGAUGAUUGCUUCUGACUGUUACAAACACCUGCCCUUUACUUGUGAGAAGAGAAUUCCCUGUGUGGCUACCUCAUAA